AUGACUGUCCUAAUAGGCGAGCCCAUCACCCUAGGGUCUGGCUUGACGCUGCCCAACCGAUUGGCCAAAGCCGCUAUGGCCGAGAACCUAGCGGACGAAAACCUACUACCUACCGAGGAAGUAAAAUCAGCUUACAAGACGUGGGCUAAUGGUGGUUGGGGACUGAUAAUCACUGGAAACGUGCAGGUCGAUCCCCGUCACCUCGGUCAAGCGAGAGACAUUGCAAACAAUGAUGCCAUAGACAGAGUUCGCCUUCUCAACAGCUGGAAGGAAUGGGCGUCAGCCAGCAAAAGCGAAGGAACUCCCACCGUAGUCCAGAUAAGCCAUCCUGGCAGACAAUCUCCAGCUGGCGCUGGUACACGAGGAUUCUUCGAGAAGACGCUUGCGCCGAGUGCCGUGCCCCUACGUCUUGGCAAGGGUCUCUUCUCUGCCGUGGUGUCAGCGCUUCUCUUUGGAACGCCGAGGGCCAUGACCAUCGCUGAGAUCCUCGAUGUGCAGGAUCGGUUUGUCAAGACAGCAGUGCUUGCAGCAGAGGCUGGUUUCGACGGAAUAGAACUACACGCUGCACAUGGCUACCUCUUGUCUCAGUUCUUGACUAGUAAGACUAACAAGCGAACCGACCAGUACGGUGUGACACCCGCAGGUCGUGCCAAGUUCGUCGUCGAUACCAUCAAGGCCAUCCGUGCUGCGGUCCCUCCUGGUUUUACGGUAGGGAUUAAGUUUAACUCCGUCGAUCACCAGUCUUCUCUCGCUCUGGAAGAGUGUGUCGAGCAGCUUCAGCUUAUCCACCUGGCGGGGUUGGACUUUCUGGAAAUCAGUGGCGGUAGCUACGAGGAGCCUAUUGGGAUUGUAGACCCUGAAAAAGUCAAAGCGAAGAAAGAGAGUACCAUAGCGAGAGAGGCGUUCUUUCUAGAUUUUGCGACAGUAAUCAGGGACAAGUUUCCUGGCUUACCACUUCUUGUGACGGGCGGUUUUCGUACGCGCAAGACGAUGGAUAGUGCCUUGGCGAGCGGUGCCCUGGACCUCGUCGGCAUCGCUAGACCCGCUGUCCUAAGCCCUUCGGCUCCCACAAACACAUUGCUAGAUGAGGGCAAUGGCAAUGCUCGAGUUGCCGUUGCUUCCAUCAAGAUACCCUGGCUGUUGAAUAAGAUUGGUAAUUAUGUUAUUGGAGCAGGUUAUGAAACGGCUUGGUACGUGAGCAAGAUUAAGACUCUGGCCAGCAGGGCUUAA